AUGAUCGGCACCGCCGCGUCGCGCAUGGCCAGCCUGCCGCCGCUGCUGCCCCGUCGCUCCACCUCCACCGCCGCCGCCUCCGUCACCAGGAUCCCGUGGCCAUUGGGCGCCAGGCCAGCCAGGCAGUAUGCAUCGUAUCAGCCGCCAAACCCCCCCAAGCAGGAAAAGUCCUCCACAUAUGGGAAUGCGCAAAGAGCGUUCUACCGCGACUUUGGCGCACCCGUCGCGAAGGUCUUCCUCGGUGCGCUCGUUACCUAUCAGGCGUUAUACUGGGGCUGGCUAAAGCUUGAGAGCUUGGAGAUGAAAGAAGAAAAAAGCGGUGCGUAG